AUGUGUGAAAUCGAGCACUUUGUCGAUCCAGAGGACAAGAGCUUCUCGAAAUUCGCGAAAAUUGCCGAUCAAAAGCUCGUUUUGCUCUCCGCUUGCGAUCAAUUGGAUGGCGCACCGGCUAGAGAAGUCGCUAUUGGAGAGGCUGUUGCCAAUAAAACCGUUGCCAACGAGACACUCGGUUACUACAUGGCCCGUUGCCAUCAAUUCCUCAUGAAAAUCGGUAUCGACGACCGUCGUCUCCGGUUCCGUCAGCAUCUCUCGAACGAGAUGGCUCACUAUGCUCAAGACAGCUGGGAUGCUGAAAUUCUGACGUCGUACGGAUGGAUCGAAUGCGUCGGAAACGCAGACAAAGCUUGUUACGAUCUCCAGCAACACUUCAAGGCGACGAAUGGGAAGUUGGACAAGAGAAGGAUGGUCGACGUGAAUGUGGUGGAGGCCGAGGCGAAUAUGGCACUUCUUGGAAAGAGUUUCAAGAAGGAUUCGAAGAAGAUUCAGACGGCUCUUCAGAAAUUGUCAAGUGAGCAAGUGUCGGUGGUGGAAUGGGAACUACGCACAAAGAAUGUCUACAAUUUGGAUAUAAAGGGAGAGAAUUAUGCAUUGACUCCGGACCUUUUGAAUAUCAAAAAGUACUCGAAAAAGAUGUACAAGACAGAUGUAAUCCCCGCUGUCAUCAAGUCUGCUUACGAUGUUGGAAGAAUCCUAUACUCAGUGUUGGAGCACUCGUUCCGACAGAGAGAAGGAGACGAGCAGAGGACUUUCCUGGCUUUCAAGCCAUUGGUUGCACCUAUCAAGUGCUCUAUUCUCCCGAUUUCAGCCAAUGAGACGUUAGUGCCGGUGAUGGAGGCCGUCAAGGAGGAGCUCGCUCGUUAUGAGCUUUGCUACAAAGUGGACGACAGCUCCGGUACAAUCGGUCGCCGCUACGCCCGUACCGACGAGAUCGGUAUUCCAUUCGGUAUCACCGUCGACUUCGAUUCGGACAAGACGACUCCGCACACCGUAACCAUUCGCCACGUGGAGACAAUGUCACAGAUCCGUCUGCCAAUCAGCGAACUCGGACGGCUCAUCUCGGAUCUUGUCGCCGGAAGACAACAAUGGAGUGACGCUCAGGCGAAAUACCCGAGAUUCGAGGCGAAUGCUGAAUAA